CUUUGAGACUCGGCCCCGGGGGCCCUCGGUGACAUUUCAGGCGGCGCCUCGCCAGGCCAGCCUCCCGGGACCCUCUGCCGGCUGCAGACUCGCCGGCCGCGCAGCUCGGAGAGACACCCCAGGCCGCUCCCCGCGGCCGCGCGCGAUCCGGACGGCGGAAGACGUGGCCGCGGGCAUGGGCAGCUUCUCGCUGGAGCCGUGGCUGCCGCGGCCUCUCAGCCCCCCGGGCCUGGUCCUCGCUGCGGCCCUGCUGCUGCUGGUACUGUAUCUGCACGCCCGGCGCACCAGGAGACCUGGUGAACCUCCAUUGAUAAAAGGCUGGCUUCCUUACUUUGGAGAAGCCCUGAAAUUACAAAAAGAUCCCCUAGGUUUCAUGACUACUCUUCAAAAGCAGUAUGGUGACGUUUUCACUCUUUUCCUUGGGGGAAAUUACAUAACGUUUAUCCUGGACCCUUUCCAGUACCAGUCAGUGGUAAAAAAUCAAAAAUUAAGCUUUCAAAUGUUUACUAGUAAAUUCUUAAUGAGAGUAUUUUCUGUCAAAAAGAUGAUGACAUAUCAUGACCUGAACGACAAGAUUCAUACUAGCUAUCAACUUUUAAGAGGGAAGCAUUUGGACACACUGAUGGAAAACACAAUGCAGACUCUAAAACAAGUUUUUGAACCACAGCUCUUAAAAACCACAAGUUGGGACACGGAAUAUUUGUUGACAUUCUGCAGCUCAGUGAUAUUUGAGGUGACAUUUACAGCCAUACAUGGAAAUGUUCUCUCUGGCGAUAGGAAAACAUUCAUGACUGAGUUAAGAGAUGAUUUUUUUAAAUUUGAUGGCAAAUUCACACAUUUAGCAUCAGGCAUACCCAUUGAGCUUCUAGGAAACAUCAAGUCUAUUCGAACGAAACUUAUAAAACAAUUGACAACAGAAAACUUAGCCAAGUUACAAGGAUGGUCAGAAGUUGUUCAAAUGAGGCAAGAUAUCCUGGAGAAAUACUAUAUGCCCAAGGACACUGAAAUAGGAGCACAUCAUUUAGGCUUGCUCUGGGCCUCUGUGUCAAACACUGUUCCAACUAUGUUCUGGACGAUGUAUUACCUUCUACGGCACCCAGAAGCUAUGGCAGUGCUGCGUGACGAAAUUGACCAUUUGCUGCAGUCAACAGGUCAAAAGAAAGGGCCUGGAUUUUCCAUCCACCUCACCAGAGAACAAUUGGACAGCCUGGUCUACCUUGAAAGCACCAUUCUUGAGGUCUUGCGACUAUGCUCCUUUUCUGGCAUCUUUCGCGUCGUUCAAGAGGACUUGACACUACACUUAGAGAGCCAGGACUGCUGUCUGCGAAAGGGAGACUUUGUAGGCAUCUUUCCUCCCGUCUUACAUUAUGACCCUGAAAUCUUUGAAGCUCCAGAGGAGUUUAGAUUUGAUCGUUUUACAGAAAGUGGUAAGAAGAAAACCGCCUUUUUUAAAAGAGGGAAAAAGUUGAAGUAUUACCACAUGCCAUUUGGAUUUGGAGUCAGCAAAUGUCCAGGCCGAUUUUUGGCAAUAGUUGAGAUAAAGCAAUUGUUGGUUGUAUUUUUAACUUAUUUUGAUUCAGAAAUAAUUGAUGAUAAGCCCUUAGAACUAAACUACAACCGCUUUUUGUUUGGUAUUCAGUAUCCAGACUCUGAUGUUUUAUUUAGGUACAAAGUAAAAUCUUAAAGAAGCUAAAAGGAAAGAAAAGAAAUCUAUCAAAGCUAACCUAAAUGUCCUUAGCUCAUCUAUUUGUUUUUAAUUUCUUCAAAUGUAAUUGCUUUGUUUGUUUUAAAAGUGCCAAUUUCUGUUUGAUCUGAGAUCAGUCCAGUCUGUACUUCGUCACAAAACCCAUCAAAAAAAAGAAAGAAAGAAAGAAACAGCAUGGUGGCAUGAAAUUGACAUCAAAAUCAACAUAAUGAUUAACUUAAAGUAGCUUUUUUUAAGUUUCUUCAUACAUAUUGUGAUUUGCAGUGUCAUAGUAAAUGUGCCGUGACAGCAAUAGACUUGACACUGUGGGAUUUUUCUAAAGUCCCAAAUUCUUCUCUAAUAUGUAAGAAUACACUUUAUGUACUAAUGGAAAUUUGUGCUGGAAAUGGACACAGUCUAACAAAUUCCAAGUUCUCAGAGAAGAAGGAAAUUAAAUUUCCAUGAGAUACACUGGAUGAAAAUGUUCCCUUCAAGUAUAAUAUCAAGAAUAGCUAUAUUGCCAGGGUACGUUUGCAUUAAAUGAGUUUUGCAGUAGAUUAAAUGCUUCCACUUCACUUCAAUAUUUUAUCAUCCAUAAAUGUUCUUUAUUACUUUGUAUACUGUGGCUCAAUAGAACAGAAUUUCUGGUUAUAUAAGGCCACUCAUGUUCAAGUGAGACACUGAGAAGAUUUAUCAGUGUAGGAACACACAAAAACCUAUUAUAUAUUCAGCAAUUGCCCUAGACAUUAGUAUUAGGUUUAUUGUAGGAGUAAAUAUUGAGCUCAGUACAGGA